CGCUCGCCCCGGUUGUCUCCUCCUCGACCUCCCCCGUCGCGACACCGCCCGAUCUCUCUAGCGCACGGCGGACGGAGAAGAGGAGGAGGGGGGGACGAUCUCAUUCAUCGGACCGGCGUGCCUGUGUCGUCUGCUGUUUUCGUUAUUUUUUCUUUACUCUUUUUUUUUCUUCCUCCUUUGCUUGUUCAAUUCAAUCAGUAUAAUAAGAUUUCUGAUUUGGGGGCGGCUCGCCAUGGGAUUCGGAAUGGGGAAUAAUAACAACGGGGCGAGCUCCUCGUCGUCGAGGCUGGACCCGGCGGCGCCGCUGCUGCCGCGCCACGGCAGCAGCGGGGGCCGCGAGGGUGGUGGCCUGUCGUCGCAGCCCAAGACGUUCGCCAACGUCUUCAUCGCGGUGGUCGGCGCCGGCGUGCUGGGGCUGCCGUACACCUUCUCGCGCACCGGGUGGGCGGCGGGCUCGCUGCUGCUCUUCUCCGUCGCCGCGCUCACCUUCUACUGCAUGAUGCUGCUCGUUGCGUGCCGCCGCCGCCUCGCCGACGAGCACCCUAAGAUCGCCUCGUUCGGGGACCUGGGGGACGCCGUGUUCGGCGCGCAUGGGCGGUUCGCCGUGGACGUGAUGCUGGUGCUCAGCCAAUUCAGCUUCUGCGUCGGCUACCUCAUCUUCAUCUCCAACACCAUGGCGCACCUCUAUCCGAUUACCGCCGCGGCCUCGUCCUCCUCCGCGCUCCUCUCCCCCAAGGCGCUCGUCAUCUGGGCGAUGCUGCCUUUCCAGCUGGGGCUCAACUCCAUCAAGACGCUGACGCUGCUCGCGCCGCUCAGCAUCUUCGCCGACGUCGUCGACCUCGGCGCCAUGGGCGUGGUCCUCGGCCAGGACGUCGCCGCCUGGCUCGCCAAGCCCGUGCCCGUGGUCGCCUUCGGCGGCGCAGGCGCGCUUCUCUACGGGCUCGGCGUCUCCGUGUACGCGUUCGAGGGCAUCGGCAUGGUGCUGCCGCUGGAGGCAGAGGCGGCGAACAAGAGCAAGUUCGGCGUCACGCUCGGGCUGUCCAUGGCGUUCAUCGCCGUCAUGUACGGGCUGUUCGGCGUCAUGGGCUACGUCGCGUUCGGCGACGCCACGCGGGACAUCAUCACCACCAACCUCGGAGCCGGGUGGCUGUCGGCCGCCGUGCAGCUGGGGCUCUGCAUCAACCUCUUCUUCACCAUGCCGGUGAUGAUGAACCCCGUGUACGAGGUCGCCGAGCGCCUGCUCCACGGCAAGCGGUACUGCUGGUGGCUUAGGUGGCUGCUGGUCGUCGUCGUCGGACUCGCCGCCAUGUACGUGCCCAACUUCACGGACUUCCUGGCGCUCGUCGGGAGCAGUGUCUGCGUCCUCCUCGGGUUCGUGCUGCCGGCCUCGUUCCACCUCAAGGUAUUCGGCGCCGAGAUGGAAUGGCCCGGAGUGCUGUCCGAUGUCCUGCUGGUCGUGAUCGGCCUCGCGCUCGCCGUGUUCGGGACGUACACGUCGCUGCUGCAAAUCUUCCAAUCGUCAAGCGCUUGAUCGACGCGCGUUCCGCUGCGCGUCGAUCAUCGCAUUCUCCAGGGCAACUACGAUACAUGUGUUGAGUGUUGUUCGUGAGUGGCUUGUAUUGGACGGGGGAAAUCUGUACGCUUUUCGUACCACAGAUUUCAGUUACUCCCGGUAGCAGUGUAUGUGUAUGCGUCCUAGAUGUUCCUCCUGCUGUGCACGAUGGGGGAUACGAUGAAAGGACAAGAUUUUCACUUCGUGGAAAAAGCU